AUGUACGCUCUCUUGUUACUGGUACCAUCGGUGCUCGCAGGCGGCUGCAUGAGUUUCCCUGGACGAGCGGACCCAUUACCUGGCGGCCUGGAGCUUGCACAGCUCCCCGAGGCCCCGCGGCUUCCUACCGCUCAAGAACUCCGCAUGCAGCAAAUCUUUGCGGAUAUUAUGGAGAGGCAGCGUGAAUUGGAAGCAUAUCAGGCCAGGGUCCGCUCCUACGAGCAGACGUACCGCAGGGUUAUGCCGAGUCUGAUCGGUACAAUGGCUGGGGGGCGCCGCCAGCAAUUACGUCACAUUCGCAUCUGGGACUCAACGCCGCGCGUGGAAGGCGACCCAUGGGUCCCCGAACGUCCCGUGGCAGAAGGCACUGUAGCAUGGGACGAGUACCAGUCGGCCGUGGCGGGUAUCCGUUACUCGCCGGAGGUCUUGCCAGACGGCAACCUGGCUCAGGAGGACCGAUCCCGUGCGUAUGAAAUAACCCUCGACGGCGACCAAUACACGCGGAGUUAUGUGCAAACAUUGCCCGAACGAAUUAGCCUACUUCCCUGGGUCACAGUCUCAGAAUGGGCAGAAGGUCUACCCCGUCCCGCCCGCAGGGUGGCCACCCUUUGUGAGCUUGCCGAGGCGGCCGUCUGUUCUGCCGCCAGUCCCCCCGCCACCAACGGUGACGGGCGCGCGGGACCUCCUGCGCCGCCCCGGCGCCGAAGGCGGUCCGACAACGCCGUGGCAGAUGAGCUUCGCGCUGAGAUUAGCCAGGUGACGGUCUGGGUUGGCGAUACGAAGGUCUUCAAUGCGCCUGCGUACCGAGGGUUCGCGGACUUACUACAGGCUUUUAGCCCCCGGGACUCAUGCCAAGGCCCCCCAAUGUCUGUGUCAGUGAUGGACAACGCGACGGCGAACACGACGGACAUCUGUCUUGACGACUGUGACAUUACAAGCCUCCGGGAAUUGCAAUCGCAGAUGGCACACUCCGAGAGCGCUUACGGUCCUCUAGCAAAGCAGUUGUGCUACCCCUGA